AUGUCUUCCAUUCUUCAAGCAGAUGUCUAUGUUUCCUCGCGCCUUCCUAUCGCAAUCAAGCGGUUGGGCGAGACAAGUUCAUUCUCCCCGAUAUCCUGCACCCUUAUCCACGGAGAUGAAGGGGCUGUUCUCGUUGACACACCUAUAUCCAUCUCUCAAACUGAAGACCUAGUCUCCUGGAUCAAGAGGACAGCACCAGGUAAAGAGCUCCGCUAUGUAUACAUCACCCACGGCCAUGGCGACCACUGGUUUGGCAUCACCAUCCUCCGAAAGCACUGGCCCAAUCUACGUGCCCUUGCGACCCCCGGUACCGUCGAACACAUGAAGGAACAACUCCAGCCAGGAAUUCUCAAAGGAACAUGGCUUACCCUGUUUCCGGGGAACCAAAUCCCCCAACCUCUGGAGCUGGCCGAACCAAUGGAUGAACCUGUCUUCAAGCUCGAAGGCCAUGCAUUCCGCGCUAUUGAAGUCGGACAUACUGAUACGUAUAACACCACAGUGCUUCACGUGCCCAGCAUCCGACUGGUAGUAGCCGGUGAUGCAGUCUAUGGAGACGUGCAUCAGUUCUUUGGUGAAGCGAACACCUCCGAAAAGAGAAAUGAAUGGCUGCGCGCACUCGACACGAUCGAGGCGCUUGACCCGCAUACUGUCAUCGCGGGGCAUAAGCGAGCGGGAACUGUGGAUGGCUUGUUCAAUCUACAGAAGACGCGCCAGUAUAUCCUGGAUUUCGAAGAUGCUGUCCGGUCGGCCUCGAACUGGAAGGAAUUGGUGGGGGAUAUCCAGAGACGAUACCCCAACCGGAUCAAUCCUCAUGCGAUCCUGAGAGGGGCGUUGGCAGCUAUUCCAGAAGCGAAGGCGUCGUCUAAGGUUUGA